GAGAGAGAAGAAAAACGAAGAAAGGUAAUAGAGAGAGAAAGGGAAGAGGAGAGAGAAACGAAGAAGAAGAGUGUUUCUCACAUCACAUGGCCUCCUUGCCCUUGGGGCACCACCACCACCACCACAAACCGGCGGCGGCGGCUAUACAUCCGUCGCAACCGCCGCAGUCUCAGCCGCAACCCGAAGUUCCUCGCCGGAGCUCCGAUAUGGAGACAGAUAAGGAUAUGUCAGCUACUGUCAUUGAGGGGAAUGAUGCUGUCACUGGCCACAUAAUCUCCACCACAAUUGGAGGCAAAAAUGGGGAACCUAAAGAGACCAUCAGUUACAUGGCAGAACGUGUUGUUGGCACUGGAUCAUUUGGAGUUGUUUUUCAGGCAAAGUGCUUGGAGACUGGAGAAGCAGUGGCUAUUAAAAAGGUCUUGCAAGACAGGCGGUACAAAAAUCGUGAAUUGCAGUUAAUGCGCUUAAUGGAUCACCCUAAUGUAAUUUCCCUGAAGCACUGUUUCUUCUCCACAACAAGCAGAGAUGAACUUUUUCUAAACUUGGUAAUGGAAUAUGUUCCCGAAUCAAUGUACCGAGUUAUAAAGCACUACACUACUAUGAACCAGAGAAUGCCUCUCAUCUAUGUGAAACUGUAUACAUAUCAAAUCUUUAGGGGAUUAGCAUAUAUCCAUACCGCACUGGGAGUUUGCCAUAGGGAUGUGAAGCCUCAAAAUCUUUUGGUUCAUCCUCUUACUCACCAAGUUAAGCUAUGUGAUUUUGGGAGUGCCAAAGUUCUGGUCAAGGGUGAAUCAAACAUUUCAUACAUAUGUUCACGUUACUAUCGGGCUCCAGAACUAAUAUUUGGUGCAACAGAAUACACAGCUUCUAUUGAUAUCUGGUCAGCUGGUUGUGUUCUUGCUGAACUUCUUCUAGGACAGCCAUUAUUUCCUGGAGAAAACCAAGUGGACCAACUUGUGGAAAUUAUCAAGGUUCUUGGUACUCCAACACGCGAGGAAAUCCGUUGUAUGAACCCAAAUUAUACAGAGUUUAGAUUCCCUCAGAUUAAAGCUCAUCCUUGGCACAAGGUUUUCCACAAGCGAAUGCCUCCUGAAGCAAUUGACCUUGCAUCAAGGCUUCUCCAAUAUUCACCUAGUCUCCGCUGCACUGCGCUGGAAGCAUGUGCACAUCCUUUCUUUGAUGAGCUUCGCGAACCAAAUGCCCGGCUACCUAAUGGCCGUCCACUGCCCCCACUUUUCAACUUCAAACAGGAGUUAGCUGGAGCAUCACCUGAACUGAUCAAUAGGCUCAUCCCAGAGCAUAUUAGGCGGCAGAUGGGUCUCAGCUUCCCGCAUUCUGCCGGUACAUAGAUGUAAAGGGAUAAUGAAACGAUGAGUCAACCUACAUAGUGAUCGAUGUGAAUCAACAGAAGGGCUGUUUGAGGCCUAUGUAUAACUGGGAGUCCCAACAUAAUAUGCAGUUUUUCCUCCCCCUUGUGAAGAUGUAUACAUGUGUUGGUUGCUCGGUAAAGCUUGAAAGUUGGUGAUUCUGUGUAGUAUUUCAUUCAAGUUAAAGCAUACUUAUCCCUGCAUCUGUAUAUUGUUUUGGUCAGAUUUCAGAAAGCUAGGAGUAUAAAAUGAUAGCAAUCAUGUCUUCAUAGGUAGAGGGGCCCAGCUGAAUUGAGGGGCCCCUAUAGUAGUUUGGCUUGCUUUUUAUGAGAUUAAAUUCAGGAUGUCGUUUAUAUUAUGUUUAUAACAAUCUCUUGAUUCAAAACAAGAAAUUUUCUCGUUGUUUAAUA